AUGGACGACUUUGACGACUUUAUCACCCACGGUGGGCGGCCGGGCCAGCCGCCGCCAGAGGGCAUCCAGUCGCAUCGACCGCUUCAUUCCUCGACCUCCAACAGCAACCGCGACCCCUUUGAGUUUGGAGACAGCCGCGACUCCUUGGGCCUUGGCACAUCGGCCCUCUCGCACCACCCUCACCAUCACAACAGCCAUAGCAACCCUGCCGGCAGCGGCAACGGCCCCUCUCACGUCCUCGUCGACGCCGACGACCCGGAUCUGCUCGGCGACGACAUCGACGAUUUCAGCAGCUUCCGCCCCGCCCAAAGCGGCAAGAGGCGACCGGACUACCCGCCCAGCACGCUAAGCUACGGCGCAGAACCAGACGCAGCGAUGGGUCUGAGCGCCCCUAGGGCACCCUUCGGUAGCCACCCAGGAGGGAGCACCGACAGCGGGCUGCCCUUUGCCGCUAGCGCCGCCACGCCCGCAGGCUACGGAGGCGAUCGCGGCUACAGCAGCGAAGGGCCCUUCGCCGACGCCUAUGCUGCACGGCACAGCUUCAAGAGCAUCGAGGCCGACGAUGACCCGAUGACCUCGAUGGAAGACUCCAAGUUCUCGCCCUACACGGGCGCGGGGGGAGCUGGCGGAGCGGCGGCGGGGCCGGGCAGGGGGAACGCGAGGUCCGGGGCGGCCGGGCAGAGUCGGAGACCGCCAAAAGACAGCCCGCUCGACGGCCUGAAGCGAAGCUUCCGGACGCUCAAGGACGACGUAUCAUCGCUCGUCAGCAAGCAGAAGAAGGGCGCAGUGCUCGAGGGAGAGCGGGUGGUCCGGCUCAACGAUCCGACCACCAACGACAAGAUGAACUUCCUCGACAACUACAUCAGCACCAGCAAGUACAACCUCAUCACCUUCGUACCCAAGUUUCUGGUCGAGCAGUUCUCCAAGUACGCCAACGUCUUCUUCCUCUUCACCGCCUGCAUCCAGCAGAUCCCCGGCGUGUCGCCGACGAAUCGAUGGACCACGAUUGUCCCCCUGGCGCUGGUGCUGCUCGCCUCGGCGUUCAAAGAGGUCAAGGAGGACAUCAAGCGGCACCAGUCCGACUCGGAACUCAACGCGCGCAUCGCCCACGUCCUGGACCCCGGCUCUGGCUCGUUUGAGCCUCGGCGCUGGCGCCACGUCCGCGUGGGCGACAUCAUCCGCGUCGAGAACAACGAAUUCUUCCCUGCCGACCUGGUCCUCCUCAGCAGCUCUGAGCCCGAGGGUCUCUGCUACGUCGAGACGGCCAACCUCGAUGGCGAGACCAACCUCAAGAUCAAGCAGGCGUCCACCGAGACGGCCAAGCUGACCUCGUCCACCGCUGCCUGUUCGCUCCGCGGCCAGCUGGUCUCUGAGCAGCCCAACAACAGCCUCUACACGUUCGACGCUACGCUCAACAUCCAGAUCAGCUCCACGCCCGGAUUCAGCGGCACGCCGAUGAAAAAGGCGCCGCUGAGCCCCGAGCAGCUGCUGCUGAGGGGUGCCCAACUGCGGAACACGCCGUGGGUCUACGGACUGGUCGUCUUCACGGGCCACGAGACCAAGCUGAUGCGCAACGCGACUGCCGCACCGAUCAAGCGCACCGCCGUCGAACGCCAGGUCAACGUGCAGAUCCUGCUCCUCUUUAUCUUGCUGCUGGCGCUCUCGAUUGCGUCGUCGAUCGGCGCCAUCGUCCGCAACACGGCCUACGCCGGCGAGAUGAGGUACCUGCUGCUCAACGAGGACUCGGCCGGCAAGGCCAGGCGCUUCGUCGAGGACGUACUCACCUUUGUCAUCGCCUACAACAACCUGAUCCCCAUCUCACUCAUCGUCACGAUGGAGGUGGUCAAGUACCAGCAGGCGAUGCUGAUCAAUUCGGACCUCGACAUGUACUACGCGCCCACCGACACCCCGGCGCUCUGCCGUACGUCGAGUCUGGUCGAGGAGCUUGGGCAGAUCGACUACAUCUUCAGCGACAAGACAGGCACCCUGACGCGAAACGAGAUGGAGUUUCGUCAGGCCAGCAUCGGCGGCAUCUCGUUCACCGACGUCAUCGACGAGAGCAAGCAGGGGACCGGCGAGAUCGGACCCGACGGCCGCGAGAUUGGCGGCCAGCGGACCUGGCACGAGCUCAAGGCCAUCAUGGACGGGCGCACUCCGGACGACGGCAGCAGCGCCGUGAUCGACGAGUUCCUGACGCUGCUGGCCGUCUGCCACACGGUGAUCCCCGAGCGCCAGGGAGACAAGGUCAUCUUUCAGGCUUCGAGCCCCGACGAGGCGGCGCUUGUCGCAGGCGCUGAGUCGCUCGGCUACCAGUUCACCACGCGCAAGCCGCGAUCCGUCUUUGUCACGAUCCGUGGCGUAGAGCAUGAGUUCGAGAUCCUCAACGUGUGCGAGUUUAACAGCACGCGGAAGCGGAUGUCGGCGCUGGUCCGUGGCUCGGACGGCAAGAUCAAGCUGUACUGCAAGGGAGCCGACACGGUCAUCAUGGAGCGGCUCAGCGAGAACCAACCCUUCCUCGAGCAGACGACGGUGCACCUCGAGGACUACGCGACCGAGGGCCUCCGCACCCUCUGCAUCGCGAUGCGCGAGGUGCCGGAGCAAGAGUACCGCCAGUGGGUCAAGAUCUACGACCAGGCGGCGGCAAGCAUCAAGGACCGCUCCGAGGCGCUCGACAAGGCGGCCGAGCUCAUCGAGCAGAACAUGUUUCUGCUGGGCGCCACGGCCAUCGAGGACAAGCUGCAGGAAGGCGUGCCCGAGACGAUCCACACGCUGCAGAACGCCGGCAUCAAGAUCUGGGUGCUGACGGGCGACCGGCAGGAGACGGCCAUCAACAUCGGCCUGUCCUGCCGGCUCAUUUCGGAGUCGAUGAACCUUGUCAUCAUCAACGAGGAGACGCAGCACGACACCCACGAGUUUCUGACCAAAAAGCUGGCGGCCAUCAAGAACCAGCGUACCGCGGGCGAGCAGGAGGAGCUUGCGCUCAUCAUCGACGGCAGGAGCCUCACCUUUGCGCUCGAAAAGGAGCUCUCGAAGGUGUUCCUCGAGCUGGCCGUCAUGUGCAAGGCGGUCAUCUGCUGCCGCGUGUCUCCGCUGCAGAAGGCGCUGGUGGUCAAGCUGGUCAAGAAGAACAUGCGCUCGCUGCUGCUGGCCAUCGGCGACGGCGCCAAUGACGUCUCGAUGAUCCAGGCGGCCCACGUCGGCGUUGGCAUCAGCGGCGUCGAGGGUCUGCAGGCGGCGCGCUCGGCCGACGUGGCCAUCAGCCAGUUCCGCUUCCUCCGCAAGCUGCUCCUCGUCCACGGAUCGUGGAGCUACGCUCGUCUCAGCAAGAUGAUCCUCUACUCGUUCUACAAGAACAUUACCCUCUACAUGACGCUUUUCUGGUACUCGUUCCAGAACAGCUUUUCCGGCCAGGUGGCCUUCGAGUCGUGGCUUCUUUCCUUCUACAACGUCAUCUUCACCGUGCUGCCGCCGUUGGUGAUUGGCAUCUUUGACCAGUACCUGUCUGCGCGCAUGCUGGAUCGGUACCCACAGCUCUACGGCCAGGUCUACUUCAACAAGCGGCGCUUCUGGGGCUGGACGCUCAACGCCUUCUACCACUCGCUGGUGUCGUACCUCUUCGUCACCAUCGCCUUUUGGGGCUCGCCGCAGCUGUCGAGCGGGCACGAGUCGUACUCGUGGAUCUGGGGCACGACCCUCUUCCUCGCCGUGCUCGUAACGGUGCUGGGCAAGGCAGCGCUCGUGUCGGAUCUGUGGACAAAGUACACGUUCGCCGCCAUCCCGGGCUCGUUCGUCUUCACGCUGGCCUUUACCGCCAUCUACUCGCUGAUUGCGCCGCGCCUCAACUUUUCCACCGAGCUCGACGGCAUCGCCGGCAGACUGUACGGCUUCAGCCAGUUUUGGUUCAGCAUCAUCCUCGUGCCCGUCGUCUGCCUGCUGCGCGACUUUUGCUGGAAGUACUGGAAGCGCACCUACCGCCCCGAGUCGUACCACAUUGUCCAGGAGGUGCAAAAGUACAACCUGCAAGACUACCGCCCGCGCAUGGACCAGUUCCAGAAGGCGAUUCGCAAGGUGCGAGCGGUGCAGCGCAUGCGUCGGACGAGGGGCUUCGCCUUUUCCCAGACCGAGGGGUCGGCCGACCUGAUCCGCAAGUACGAUACCACGCUCGCAAAGGCCUCGGGACAGUAG